UGCGCAAGCCCAGAAACCACGAGCUGCCCACGCCCCCGGCUUUGGCCUCUCCCCCGCUCUCCUUUGCUACUACUUCACCGUAUAUUAUACGCUUCCACCAGAGAUCACAUAGGACAGGAGUAGCUCCACGAUCAAAAGCCAAGUAGCCAACACGACGAGAGACCGCAGAGCUCCUGUGAAGAGCCCCAAAGCCAAGGAAAUCGUACUACCGGCGUGCGUACGCGCUUGAUUGAUUAGGCGGCAGCGAAAUGUGCCGAGGGACGACGGUGGGCGACGAGGGCGGCUUCCGGAACCUGCCGCCGCUCGGGGGCCGCAAGCGGCUCGACGUCCGCGCCUUCUACCUCCGCCUCUCUUCUUCCUCCGCGGCGGCGGCGCCCGCGGAGCUCUCGCUCGUCUACCGCCCGGCCAUCGGCGGGCCCGCGCUGGGGUUCCGCGGCCGCGCGCUGCCCCCGGCCUCCCCCGCGGACUCGACCCUCCUCCGCGUCCGCGUCCCUGGCGACGACGACGCGGUGGCGGCGGCGUACGCGAGCAACGACCGCGUCUCCGCUUCCGAGGGCGCGCGGUUCGAGGUGUACGCGGGGAAGGAGCUGGCGGCGGAGGGCGUCUUCUCCUUCUCCGGUGCCGUCAACCGGGGCGGGUGGCGCGUGGAGUGCCGCCGCGUUACGGCGGCCGUGGUGGUUGCGGAGGUGGUGGUCCUGGCCGAGGGCGGCGCCCUGUUCAGCGCCAGGGCGUCGUCGGCCGCGAGGCGGUGCGCGACGAGGCUGGAGGGGAUCCCGGAGGAGGCGUCGUCGUGCGAGUGCGGGACCUGCGCCGACGAGGAGUGGGAGGUGGUCGGAGACGACGACGACUCCGACGAUGAGUGGAAGGAGGCGGCGGAGAUGGAGUUGGAGUUGGAGACGGAGACGGUGCGGUGGGCGCUGGAGAUGGGGGCGUGGGCGGUGUGCGUCGGCGUCGGGCUGCUCGCUACCGCCAGGCGGUUCAGGCGGAGACGCGCGUUGUUCCGGUGACCCCAUCUGCAACGUCGUCAAGCGCCAGGAGCAAAUUCUUUGUUUUCUUUUUCACGAGUCAAGUGUAUUUACCAGAAUUUUGUCCGUCCUCUUUUUACUGGUACUCCCUUACUUCCUGUGUUAGUGCAAACUUGAAUUAAAACGGCCUAUUUAGAAAUGGAGGGAGGACACGUGAAUCGAUCAACAAA